AUGUCAGGUAAACCACGACAUUUCAGCCGUACAAGAGCGUCUGAUGAAAAGCAACGCGACAAUAGAGGGCGUUCGAAUUCACGAGGCAAAUUAUCGAAUCACAAGGAAAGAGACGAGGAUUACGAAUUUAAGAAGAGUCAGAGGAUAGAUAAGGAUAUCAAAGGACACAAGUUUGGUACGAAAUUUGAAACGAAAGAAGACGACAAAUAUGCAACAACGUGUCACCCGACUAUUACCACAUUUAGACCGAACGAUGUUAUUUUGUGUGUAGUUCUUGCUGUUGAGAAAUCAACAAUCAAAUUUGCAACACCAUUUGGGACUAAAAUCAAAACUCCAAAACUCGCAAACAUCAUUGUGAAAGUUGGACAAACAAUUCCACUGACUUUUGUUUCACAAAUAGGAGAUAAUUCGAUUUAUACAUAUGAUGUGAGAGAAGCAAACCAAAACAGUGUUGCAAAGGCAGGAAGCAUUUGGUACGGUGUUGUGAAGAGUAAAGAAGAACAUGGGUACAUCAUUACUUUAAAUAAAGAGCAAGAAGUCUUUGUCGAGGAUAUUGAAGACGAGAGUUCUUCAAUGUCUGAAGAAUCCGAACACAGUGAAGAGUCAGACGAAUCGAAAUCGUCCAAAGAAGAGGAGACUAACCAAAUGAGUGAAGAUGAAAAAUCGACCGAAGAAGACUCGAGUGAAGACACAAGUAGCUCCGACGACUCCACACAAAUAGUCUCGCGUGAUUUGUUUAUAGGAGCUGUUGUACAAAUCUAUGUGACUGAAGCAAUUUCACGAAAAAAAUUGAAAGGCAGAGUUGCGACAGUGGAUGAUGUAGUUUCUUCACAAAAUUUGAUUAGUGUAGGGUGCCGUGUACCAGUCGGUGAAAGGGUGAGUACUGGAUUGAAUGGCUACAUAUACAAAGUGUUUAACAUGAAAACCACUGUGAGUUUGUUGCAUUACUCGGAAGGAGCCGAGACUGCUAUUGUGGUGUAUAACCAAAGCGAAUUGAAUAUGUACUCCAUCAGUAUGUUACCACAAGUGAAUACUGGAGUGUUUUCAAUGAAGGGUAAGCUCGAGACGACCACGCAGACUGAAUUUAUGGUGAACCAAGUUGGUAAGCACUUAACUGUUGGAACGUCACCUGAUGGAGAAACAUUGGUCAUGUACAAGAAUAAAUCUUCAUAUGUUUCAGUGCCUGAUAUGUCACAAGAAGUGCAUAUUGGAUAUACUCUUGAAGGUGUUGUUGUGUCAUAUGAUGCGUUCAAUGGGGUUUAUGUUGUAUCGAAUGAACCCGAAGUGAUUGAAAAUAUUGAUAAGGUCAAGGGUAUUGGUAUUGGUGCGUUUGUGGAAGGGAAGGUCAAGACAAUUACAAAGAGUUACCUUGUCAUCAGUGUCUCAAAAUAUGUGACCGGUAUUUGUUUCAGGAAACAUGUUGCUGAAAUUCCACCAGAUGAUUUGUCUGAUGUGUUUGUUAAAGGACAGAGUGUAAAAGCGCGUGUAUUAUCUAUUAAGAACAACGCAUUUGAAUUUACCAUGAAAAAGUCGUAUAUGGUCCCCGAAUUGAGUAUCAUAGCAUCGACUGAAGAUGCACUUGAUAAUCAAAUUACUUAUGCUAUGGUCGAUCAUGUCGAUCCGAAGACUGGCGUUAAUAUUUCGUUCUUUGGAGAUGUCAAAGGGUAUGUACCAAUUGUCGAGUUGUUUGAUCAUAGAGUGGAGGCAAUUUCUCUCUUCUCAAUUUUAAGGGUUAGAGUGUCAUCUGUUGAAAAAGGAAAAAUUACAGCAAGUUUGAAUCUUUACCCUAAAGAAGGGAAGGUCGACAAAAUCGUUGAUUUAAUAUCAAAGUUCCAAGUUGGUGAGAUAUACAGUGGAACUGUUAUUGGUAAACGUAUGAAUAAGAUGUUAGUCCGUCUUCGCAAAGAUGACGCGAGUUACGUCUCUAUUCUACCGAAUCAUUAUGUUGAAGAUGGGGACGAUGGUAGUGGCAUCCAAGAGAAAAUCAAAAAUGGGUCUGUUUUCGAACAGUGUUUGGUGUUAUCCAACAUUGCUGGAAAGAUAACGAUAACAACCAAAAAGUCUCUUAUUGCUCUUAAGAGCAAAAUUGCCAAAUGCGAUUCAUACCAAACACUGGAAGAAGGGGUAUAUGUUGGAUGUGUAAAUUUUGUCGGUCAGUUCAAAGCAGUCGUCGUGUUCUACAACCAUGUCCAAAUCUCUGUUCAUGCUAUAGAUAUCACAAAUGAUCAGGACAAACCAAUGAAUACACUUUUGAAACUUGGACAGACUGUUGUAGGUAAGGUGCGGCGUGCGAAAGAAGUCAAACACUUUAAUAUGAGAGAAAAUGCGGGGUAUUGUAUGCCUGAGGAAGCUUUCUUGUUGCCUGCCUUCCCACAAAAGCCGUUUGUAUUUGGCUCUGAAAUAGUGAUUACUGUCGAUGAAACACAAGACUAUGGAAUUAUUGGUUCUGCAUAUCUUGAUAAUACUAAGUACACUACAUUUACUCCAAAAGCGGGAAUUAAGGGAGAAAUCGCCACUUUUGCGAUUGGAAACACGUUUAAAGCUGUCGUCAUUGGAUUUGAUCAGAAGACGAAUAUAGUCGAUGCUGUUCAUGCCAAAUUGAUUCACCCAAAUGUUGUGUUGCCGAAGAGUAUUCGAUCUGGUAUUGUAGUGUUGAACAAACAAGAUUUCUGUGUUGUGAUUAGUAAGUCGACCCUCUUUGUUGUGAACAAACAAAGAUUGAACGGUGGGUACUUCACUGUUGGUAAAACGACUGAGUUCUAUGCCGGUGAUUUGAUUGAAGACAGUAACAAAGUAUACACUGGUACUGUUGCCAUAGUCAAAGACAAGAAAGAACAUUUCAAGUCUGUUGCGUUUGACAAAGUUAAAGAGGUGCGUAUUGGAGAAAACACUACCGGUGUUGUGAGUGAAGUAUAUCCGCAUCAGUACAUUAUUACACUUGAUAACGGAGUGGAAGGAAGGUUACACAAAAUCAAUAUGCCAAACACUUCCCUCUCACAAGGUGACAAAGUUGAAGUCAAGGUCUGUGGAUUUGAAAAGAAGGAUGGUGUUUUUGUGAACAACCCCGAUGUCUACAUGAAGAAAUAUGUUGAGUUGAGUCAGAUAGAAACACCACAUUUCGACACCAAAUUGCCACUUGAUAAGAAGGUGAGUGGAUGGGUUGUAAUGGAUACUGGGAAGUGCUUAUUGAUAUCGUUCAACUCUUUUAUGAAUGGGAAGCUAAGUUAUGUCGAAUUAGGAGACACACUCAAAGAAGUUGAAAUUGCAAAGAAACAGUACACUAUUGGUGACACAAUUGAAGUGAUUCCGAAAAUUGUCGAUAACCGGAUGAUACUUACAUUGGAUUCUUUCAAUUUCACAAAUAAGGGGCAAGUUGUUUUGGGAAGGGUUUUGAAAACAGAACCGGCUUUGCUCCGUAUGGAGAUUGAAAUUCGCGGAGGAAAUACUGGCUUUGUAGAUUACACUGAGAUGUCCAACGUCUACCCCGCACUGCCUUUUGAGUACAUCUCCGUCGACGAUUAUUUCAAUGUCAAAUUACUCAAAACGGGAGAACUUGGAACAAAGUAUUUCACCAUGAGACCAGAGUACUUGAAGGAAGAAGCCCAGAAAGUCUUCCCGGUUAGUAUAGGUUCUGUCUGUCCAAUAGUUGAGCGAAGUAAGAUAGUGAUUGGCCAACGGAUGUUAGGGUAUGUCAUCUCCAGUGACAAUGAAAGUGGUGUAGUUCUUCAUGUAGGGAGUGAUAUUGAAGUUAUUGUACCACCCGAGGAAUGCUUAGAAAAGGAAGAAGCCAAAGAGAUUGAAAUUACAAAACAUUUUGUAGUUGGAAGAUUAGUUAGGGUUAUGAUUGAAGAUAUUGAUGGUGAAGAUAUCUUUGGUACUUUGAACCACGCGAAGUUGUACCCUGGUGCUAUAGUCCGCGCGUCCGAUGCUGUUUGUGGAAAGUUUGCACGAGCGGUGAUCACUGCUAUAUAUAAGAGUGGACUUUUCUUUAGGUUCCACAACUCGAAUCUUCGAGCCUUCUGUCAUUGUUCUCAAAUCGAAACAGGGACGUUCUUUACAUUCUCGGUGCUGAACAGUAGGUUCAAAGUUGGAGAUAGUCAUAUAGUUAAAAUUAUUCAGAACAACACGCGCAAUGGAAAGCCGAUGAUUCGUGUUUCCAUCAAGGCUGAGGAUAUUGCUGAUGUUGAUAUACCCGAUGAGAGCGAGGUGGAUUACAUUGAUAUGUGGCACAAAGAGGAUUGCAAACGGUUUAUUGUUCAAAAGAUCCAAACGAUUAAGAAAGAGCUUAAGGAUAAGAUUGGCGUGAACGACGAAUUUAAAGAGCCGAAAGAGGUAAUUCCCGUUGAAGUAGAUUGGGACGAAGAAGGUGAUGUUCCAUUGCUAAACAUUGUACCAAAUCAAAAACGUCAUCGCAUGAUUCGGGAGAGUUCUGAAUCGAGUGAACAAGAUGUCGAGUCUGAAGAUGAAAUGGAGGUUGAACGAGAGAAAGAACAACCAAAGGAAGAACCAAGAGAAGAACAAAAGGAAGAUGAAGAAAAUGAAGACAAAGCUGUUACUCAAGAAAUGGUUGAAGACCUUUACGAAAUUGCUCAAAAAGAUCAAAAUAACUCAGAAAAAUGGAUUGAGUUGAUUCGAGCAGUACGCAAAAUCAGUGUUGUAAAAGCUCUAUUUUACUGUCAAACUGCACUUAGAAAUAUUGCUCUGGACAAGACACAAGAUAGAGAGAACAUAUGGAAGGCUUAUCUCCAAAUUGAAGCGAAGUAUAGAACAAAUUCCGAGUUCCAGACGGCAUUACAAGAUGCGUUGAGAGUGUGUGACGUCAAGAAGAUCUUGUUUUAUAUGCGUUCUGUGUUUAAGAGUCUCCAAAACAUUAGUAUGGAAGAGAACAUGUACACUAUAUUGUUACAGAAGGUUAAAGGAAGCGGUAGAGUAUAUCGUAAAAUGUGCAGCUUCUAUAUGCGCACGUCACGAGAAGAAAAUGCCAUGGUCUUAUUAAGUAAGGCAAGGAAAAUGUUAACCAAACCAAAGUAUAUGAAACUUCGAAUCAAAAUGGCACAAUUGCAGUACAAAUACGGAAGUGUUGAUAAGGGACGUUCGAUGUUUGAAUCCAUUUUAGAAGAGUUUCCAAAGCGCUAUGAUUUGUGGAACGUCUAUCUCGAUAUGGAGUCGCGUGUUGGCGAAACCCCAAUCAUCAGAAGACUUUUUGAAAGAAUCGUUGCGAUGAAACUUUCCACGAAGUCGAUGAAGACAUUCCUGACAAAAUACUUGAAGUUCGAAACGAACAAUGGUGAUAAUGCACGAAUGGAACAUGUUAGACAAAUUGCUCAGAAGUAUGUGGAGUCGAAAUGA